CAGAGGGGAGAAAAUUAGGGUGUGUUAAAAGGGAGGGGAAAGUUUGGUGAGAAUAAAAGAAGACGCUGAUGUAGAGAGAAAGAGAGCGAGAAUGUGAGUUAAGAAAAGCACAAAGAAGAUUGAAGAGCAGAAAGAGACAUUAGAUAUCUUAUUAUUCUUCAAUUCAGAGAUGAUGUCAUUCUGCUGGAAUUGGGCAGCUCUGCUCCUUCUACUAGUACUGACCCCUGACCUGCUUCCCACCCACCUCAUCAACACCCAACCCCUCCUCACACACGCCAUUCCCACCUCCCCAACGGUCACACACCCCAAGAUCCAAUAUGUUACCGGUGUGGGCUUUGACUACGAUGAAGAUGACUACACUGAAGAGAACGCUUCCCAUUCCCCUCCCAAUUACAGCAAAACCUCAUCAGCUUCUACUCUGGUUCCGAUGCAGCCCAAGCCCUGUGACUACCACCCCUGCCAGGACAACCAGACGCCCUGCUCCCAGCUCUCUGCCCAGACUGGGUGCCUCUGCCCUGGGCUAAGCGGGGUAGACGAGCCCCCUCACGCGCCACACCUCCAGAAGCUAGUGCCAGGCACUGAUGGAGGGGCAGAGGUACGGUGGUGCGCUCCAGCCUCUGUGGUAUCUGGAUACCGGGUCGUGAUCGAAGAUCGAAAGGGAGCGCCUCUCCAGUUCAGGGGUGAUUCUCGGAGCGGGGUGCUGGGGGAACUAGAGGCAGGUGUCAAGGUGUGUGUGGAGGCAGUGAACAUAGCGGGAACCAGCGCCCCCUCGGAUCUCUCCUGCCUGCGCUACGACCCCCCUGAGGCCACCAACCUGGCCCUAAGGGUGGGGGUCAUUGGAGGGGGGCUGGGAUUUCUCCUGCUCCUCUCCUUGGUCGCCCUGGUCCUCUGGAGGCGACAGACGUGUAAAACAGGGGAAAACUCUGCCGAGGGGCUGGGGAACCCCUCCUACAGCACGGAGGGAACGCUGUGAUACAAUUCUGUGUAGCAGAGAAUGUAAGAGUAAAUUAACUGGGAUGGGACAGAGACAAAAUGGCUUCCCUCACCAGUGACUCACCAGCACAGUGCUCAGGUUGUUCAGAAUCCUGCACUUAGGAAUAUGGAAUUAAUUAAUAAUAACUUUUGACUUUUGUGGACUAAAUAACCCUAACAAAAGCUUAAGAAGCUUUGUAACUAAAGAGACUGCAGGUUGUUUGCUGGCAAAUUAACUUGUGUACAGUGGUGAUUUUAACAUGUAAAUCUUGGUGGGGCAAAAAAAAUGGGAUGUGCAUGCCAGCAAAGCCAUUACACUACACGACACAACACUAAACAAUACAUUAAUUGCACUAUAACAGUGACAA